AUGGAACCAUCACCAACACCACAAAUUAUUGAGACAAAUGAUGAACCAAUUAAAAUACAUAUUUAUGAUGAUAAUGGAUAUUUACCUAUUCAUCGAGCAGCUUUUAAUGGACAUGAAGUAACAAUUAAAAAUAUCUUAGAUGAAGCUCAAAGACGAAAUGAACUUACGCAACAACUUGAAGCAAGAACACAUGAUAUUAAUGAAUUAACACCAUUACUUUUAGCUACUGCAGCUGGACGAUUAGAUAUAAUUGCUUAUUUUUUAACAUAUCCGGUAGAUUUUAAUGCAGUUGAUGCUAAUGGACACGGUAUGGCUGCAAUAGCUGCUCUAUCACAAAAUGAACGUACACUUCGUUACAUAAUUGAUCUACCUAUAUCAUCAACUGAAUAUAAUGUUUGGAAGCCUUUAUUUAAAUUAUUUUUAUCUGUAAAAGAUGAUGAAAGUACAAUAGGUGGUCGUAUACUUGAAUUAUUAACACGUCAUGAAUCAGAUAAUUCUCAAAAAAAUUCAUAUUGGUUACCAAUGAUUGAAAAUGGUCUAUUAUCAACAUUAAUACAAAUAUUUAGUUUAUCAAAAAAUGAUGAUGUACUUACAAGUGCAUUUAUAUUAUUUCUAAAUGUUUUAAAUGAAGUACCACAAAUAAAAAAUGAUUUAGAUAAUAUAAAAAAUUGUUUUAGUUCAAUGUUAAAACAUACACGUUCAACAAAUACUCAAAUUCUUACAUUAUUAGGACGAGUUUUAUCAUGUCUUAGUACAGAGAAAACAUUAAUUGAUUCCAUGGUUGAACAAGGACUUAUUGAAACAUUAAUGAUACUUAUUGAUAAACAACGUACACCACAAAUUAUUUAUCCAUAUUUUGAUUGUUUAGCAAAUGUGAUUGGAAAAUCUUUUGAAUAUCAACGGAAAUUUAUUUAUUCAAAAAAUUUUCUUUUAUUAAUUGUACGUACUUAUUUACAAGAUUAUGAUUUAAAUUUAUCAUUAUCUGUUAUACGUUUUAUACGUCAAUUAGUUAAAAAUAAUGAAGAACUUCAAAAUAUUCUUGCACAUUAUGGUGCAUGUGAACAUUUACUUGGUGCAUUAUCAACAUCAUCAAAAGAAUUACAACAAGUAUCUAUUGAAGCUAUACAAGCAUUAAGUCAUAAAAAUCAAAAAGUUCAAGAAAUUUUAUUACGUGAAAAUGCUCUUGAACAAUUAUUAAAUUUAUUAGAAAAAACAAAUAUGUCAACAUUACAAGUAGCUAUUGUUUGUACAUUAUGGACAUUAUGUUCAAAUAAUUCAUUACAAAAACGUGAUGUAGCAACAAAAAUUGGUAUUAGAAAAUUAAUUAGUUUUUAUACAAUUAAAUCUGAUGAACAUUUAUUAGUUGUAACAGAUGCCAUUAAUGAAUUAGCUAAAUGUACAGCAAGUAUUAAUAUGAAUAUUCAAGAAGAAAUAAAUCAUGCACAAGGUAUACCAUAUGUUAUUCGUCUACUUAAAUCUGAUAAUGAAAUGCUUGUUUUAAGUGUUUUAAAAAAUUUACAAUUAAUAACAUGUGCUCCUGGUUUUGUUUCUAAUAGAAAAAAUCAAGAAAUUAUACUUAAAAAUGAUGGUAUUAAAUUACUUGUGGCUUUAAUGAUGCAUGCUAAAAGUGAAAUAAUUCAAGUUGAAUCAGCUCAAUCUUUAGCUUGUAUUGCAUUGAAUAAUAAUCAAUGUUCAACAUUAAUUGAAAAUACCUUAGAUUUUUCUUAUUCACAUCUAAUUGAUUUAAUGCAUUCAAAUGAUAUAAAUGUACAAUUAAAAGCAUCAAAUGCUUUAGCUACAUUUGUAUAUAAUAAUUCACGUAUACAAUUAUUUCUUAAAAAACAAUAUAAAUUUUCAUUUGAUUAUUUUCAAAAAUUUCUUCAUAAUAAUAAUGAAUCUAUAAGAUGUAUAGCUGCAUUUCAAAUUGUUGUUUUUUGUGGUUUAAUAAAUGAACAAAAACAAUCAGUUAAUACAGCUAUUGGAUGUGGAAUUCUUAUGGAUAUACUUCGAACAUCUCAAAUAGAUGAUGCGAAAUCAGCAACUGCAGAAUGUGUUGCUCGACUUGCACAUAUGAAAUCAGGUGUACCACAAGCUUUGAUUGCUGUAAAUGUAAUAGAUUAUUUAUGUAAUUUAUUUUCAUCAACCAACGAUACAACUAUUGGUAAUGCAUCUGUUGCACUUGGAUUUUUAUCUCAUAUACCAGAAGGUCGAAGAAAAUUACUGAAUAGAUGCAAAAUUGAACCAGAUAUUAUGGCAUUUUUGAAAGUAUACAAUUGUUUACCUGGUCUACCUCCACGUCUUUCAAUACACUUGAUAGACGAAUGGGAUCGAUAUCAUACAUUGAAAUUACCUAAAUUACGCUCUCAAGUAUCAAGUAUACGAUAUUUUAAAGUUCUUUCGAAUAAUAUUGAACGAUCACGAGCAGCACCUUUAUCAGGCUACGAAAAAGAACAAUCAUCAUCGAAUAUAAUUAACUUUUAUUUACCAAAUAUACGACAAAAGGUUUAA